GAACACUAGAAAGGCUAGGCUACGUGAGGCCACGUCCGAGGGGGUGGCACAGACUGAGGGCACAGGAACCACUUUUAUCUGGGGCCAGGUGCUCCCAGUCUGGACAAAGAGGAAAAAGCAGCAGAGCUAGACUUUGCCUAGAGGUGGAUUGCUGACGUUUGAUCUAGGCGGUUUGAGCCAAGGUGGAACCUUCAGAACCCAAACAUUGCAGAACAUGGAGCAGAUCUUCGCUCGGCUCGGGGUGGAGUCUAAAAGAGAGAAGGGCGGGACCUCAUCGUGCUAGGGCGGAUCUAAUAGGGGUCAGAAGGGCUCAAAGAUCUCAAGGAUGGGGCCGCCGUGAUGGAGGCGGGGCCUCGACCCUCGCUCCGCCCCACCGUGAUGUCUGUUGCCAGCACGAGCCAACGACCGGCCUAGGCUGGUUGGAACCACCCGGAAGCCCGGCGGCUGACAGGGCCGGAGGACUCGGAGUCCACUCGAGUGUGCAGUAACCAGGCCUACAUUUUGCUCAGGUCUCCACCGCGCGCGGGUCCUGAAGUAUGGCAGCCAUCCCUUCUAGCGGCUCGCUCGUGGCUACCCAUGACUACUAUCGGCGACGCCUGGGCUCCUCGUCCAGCAACAGCUCUUGCGGAAGUGCAGAGUACCCUGGGGACGCCGUGCCCCACCCCCCGGGUCUCCCCAAGGCCGACCCUGCCCACUGGUGGGCCAGCUUCUUUUUCGGGAAGUCUACCCUCCCAUUCAUGGCCACAGUGUUGGAGUCUCCUGAGCGCUCGGCAGAAUACCCCCAGGCCUCCCGAAGCCCUAUCACCCGUGGCCCGGCUCCUGAAACCGUGAAGCAGCAGCCAGUUGUCCAUUCUGGCCAGCCCAACACGAGGGCCCCGUCCUGACCUAGCAGAACCACAGCAAACUCACUUCAGUAGUGCUAGGCCAGAGCCACCCACCCAUCCACCCACCCACCCCACCGUGUAAACUAGGAAGUCUGCAGCAAGCAACAGACACCAGCAGGAGCUGGAGAGAGCCCCCCUCUUGGUUCACAGCACUGAGCUUUUCUAACCUCAUAACUGUGCCUUGCACUAAGCAGAAAAUAAACCCUCAGCAGCGGUCCUCCC